AUGGACGCAGAACCCGAAUGGAAGUUGAGAUUGGAUGAUUUACUCCGAAACGAAAAGAAAGCCGUCGUAUACACUCUUGCUACAUCCGAGGUGCACUCUGAUCCCUCGACGGCGGACUUUGGGACGAUCCAUAAUCAGCCACGGGCCCGAAGUGUUGUCCACCGAUCCUUUGUCGAGCUGUACGGAGAAAAGAAGGAGUCUGGAGCGGUGAUUCUUCAGACGACGACAGACAUACGAUCUGCUAAAACGUCGCAAAUGCGCCACCGCCAGAACCCGCCAUCAUCAGAGAACAAGCCAGACGCGGAAAUUGUGUGGUGGUUCUCAACACCAAAUGUUCAAUUUCGACUAAGCUGCUACACACAUCUACUACCAGCAGCAGGCCAUCCAUGGAGAGAUGCGUUCCCCAUCGACUUGACGGGCCGUCGGGAGAACGGGGUAGAUUGGGAACAGGUCCGCGUGGAUGCAUUUAAUGCGUUGAGCCCAUUCUUACGUGCAUCCUUUGCGCGUCCCCCGCCUGGGAGUGUGCUUGAUGACCCCGAAGAGGCCAAAACUUGGCCUGUAGAGUUGCCGCAGUUGGACGAACAAGGAGCUGAUCCGAGGGUGAAAGAAGCGUUUGAACACUUUGCAGUAGUCUACUUGGAAGUUGACGCGGUGGAUGUUGUCGAUCUUGGGGUCGUCCCCAACCAACGCUCCCUUUACCGCCGACAGCGACAGGGAGGCUGGGCAAAGACAAGGCUAGUCCCAUGA